AUGUCCUCGAACGCGCGCUCCAUCGUCGCGAGGGAUGUCACGGGACGAGAGGUCGUCGUCACCGUGGACGCCGAGCGAACCUCCAUCGACGACGCGCGCACCGCGAUCGCGCGCGCGCUGGGCGUCCCGAACGCGCGCGCGCGCUGUUACCCGAUCGGUUCGAGCGACGAACUGCGCGGAGGGGCGAUGUGGGGCGACAGGGACGCGCGAGUGUACGUGGUCGGGUACGCGCGCGCGCGGGCGCGCGUGACAAAGCGGCGCGCGCGCGGCGACGAAUCGAUCGAAGAUACCGGAGCGGAAGCGCGGGUGAGGGCGACGAAGACGGAUGAAAUAGAACCCAUGCGACCGGUGGAUGCGCUGUGGGCGUCCGUGAUGGCGGACGCGCGACGCGCGUCGAACGGAGAGGCGACGGGGUCGGGCGCCGAUUUCGCGACGCCGAUUGAAUCGUUGCAGCGGCUGAGCGGAAAGUACAGAGCUUUGGCGCGAAUAUCGCUGUUUUUGCAUCGACAGAACAUUCAGCCGACCAUGCGUUUGAUCACGCGAUCGAUGGCGAGCGAGGUGGCGGUUACGACGGAGGACGCGCGCGCUAUGGAGGCGUUAUGUCCCGGGAGCGUUCGGCUGAUCGAGCGACGAAGAAGCGCGGAGGAGGAAGCGGGCACGGAUAAAGAAAUCGUGGUCGACGUGACCGCGCCGGAUGAGACAGGACCGAGCGCGUUCACGACGCCGGCUUAUCGUAUGGCGCUCACGAACGCGGACGGUGCCAGCGAGGCGAUAGCGCUGCAGGGUACGCGUCGAUCGAUGAGGAGUAUAGGCGGCUACGUUCGCAUGGCGGAGAUGACGGAUCGCUUCGGCGCAAAUUUUGGACGCGUCGUGGAUAAGUACGCGGCGGCGUUCGAACGCGGUCUCCGCGAUGUCAUCGAACGCGCACCGCUCGAUGCGACGAAGGACACACCGCUACGCGCGUUCGUCGACGCGGUUUUAGAGAUGCGCGCGAGCGAAGCCGCGGAGCGAGCCGCGGCAAAGCGCGAGGGCAUCUUGGCGCCACCAGAGGCGAUGGACCGACCGCCAGCACCGCCUCGCGCGCGGGCAAAACGGACGAAAAAUGGAAAUACAGAUGGUAAAGACGGGCCGUGCUGCAGUACCGAACCGAUGAACGUGGACGAAUUCGUCGGACAUCUCAGAGAAACGCUCGCAUCGAGUGGGCAAAUCGUGCACGUGGAAACGAUGGAAGCCAAACCCGCCGUUCGCGCGACGCUCUCGGAGAGCGUUUCGCUGAGCGACGCGACGAUCGCCGCGUUCAAAGGCGGUAUCGGAUUAGAUCUUAAGAGUAGACUCUUCAGUCAUCAGGCGAGUGCCAUCGAAUCGAUUCUAGGGGAGACUACUCCGCGGAAGCACGUUAUCGUUUCCUCCGGCACUGCUUCCGGGAAAUCGGUGUGUUAUAACGUGCCAGUGGUGGACACUUUGCUAGCCGAUCCGAAUGCUACCGCGCUAUACAUGUUUCCCACGAAAGCCUUGGCGCAGGACCAACUAAGGGCGCUGCGGAUCAUCUUGGCCAACGUCCCAAAGAGCGAAGAGACAGUGUUUGGCAUUGGCAUUUAUGACGGGGACGUUCGGAGCAAAGAGGCGAGAGCUGAAGUGCGCUCAAGCGAUCGCCUCAUAAUCACCAACCCAGACAUGUUACACGUUAGCAUUCUCCCGUCACACAAACAGUGGGUUCGUUUUCUCUCUGGACUACGAUACGUCAUCAUCGAUGAGGCGCACGCGUAUUCGGGGGUGUUUGGUUCGCACGUGGCGCUCAUCGUCAGACGCUUGCGUCGUUUGUGUUCCGAGUUGUACGGCUCAUCGCCGCAAUUCAUUAUAAGCUCCGCCACCGUCGCAAAUCCACUGGAUCACGCGCGAGAUCUCAUAGGAUUUCACGGUGUGCGUCCGGAUGAAGAUACCAUCGAGACGGUGACGAACGAUGGCGCUCCUCGAGGGGUGAAGACUUUUUUGCUGUGGAAUCCGGCUCUCAAACCAGGACAGUCGCAUCAGACGAACACGGAGAGAAAAUUUCGCCGUGUGACGUCGAUCGAGCGCGGAAAGGCGGCGCUGGCGAAAAAACUUCGCGAAACGUCAACACUCGUAGACGUGCCCGCCGAAGUUGAGGAUAUCAUCGUGGCAGAUGUCGAAGGAGCUCGCACGAGUCCAGUGGUGGAAAUUUCACAAAUUCUCGCAGAGUGCGUGCAACACAAUCUGCGAUGCCUCGCGUUCUGCAAGACGCGCAAGCUAUGUGAACUUGUUCUCGUGUACACUCGAGAGAUACUCCGAUCAUCGGCACCGCAUUUAGCGGACAAGGUUGCGUCGUAUCGGGGUGGCUACGAAGCUGGCGAACGCCGCGUCAUAGAAAAAGAACUCUUCUCCGGUGUUCUCCUCGGCGUCGCCACGACGAACGCCCUAGAGCUUGGUAUCGAUGUCGGCUCUCUCGACGUUACGCUCCACUUAGGAUUUCCCGGGUCGGUUGCUUCCCUUUGGCAACAAGCCGGACGAGCAGGUCGGCGCGAAGGCAGAGCGUUGUCCGUCUACGUCGGCUUUGAUGGGCCGCUCGACCAGCACUUCAUGAGACAACCACGAGCGUUGUUUGACGCCCCGCACGAAUUCUCCUACGUCUGGGCACAAAACCCGACCAUCGUUGCGCAGCACAUGCUGUGCGCCGCGUUUGAGCGGCCGCUGUUCGCUAAUCCGGGCGUGGAUGAGGUGUACUUUGGUUCCACAGCUCGAGAAGUCGCCAGUCAAAUGGUGGCAAAAGGCCGACUCACGGUGGAUCCCGGUUCGUUCGUAGCGUGGAAUCCGGCGGCAAAAAUCGCUCAACCACUCCUUGCGUGCACCGAUAAGUCUCCUGCUCUCGACGUAAGCGUGCGAACGAUUGAGGAAGAGCAUUUUGACGUCGUGGACGUGAGCACGUCGCGAGAGAAAAUCAUCGCCAGUGUCGAAGCCUCAAAGGCGUUUUUCGAGGUAUAUGAAGGCGCAGUUUACACGCAUCAAGGACGUACGUUGUUGUGUACAAAGCUCGAUCUUGAGCGUCGACGUGCACACGUGCGAAUGGCGGACGUAAAAUACUUCACUCGCGUGAAGCACGAAACGACGUGCUCAGUUCCGGGCGGUAUGCGUGUGUACGGUGAGACAGACACCUCGCUUCCGAUGUCGCAGUGCGUCAAAUGUGAUGAAGUGAACAUCUCAACCGUCUUCACCGGCUUCAGUCGCGUCGCCCGCGGCUCACAGGCCAAGUUUGAUCACGUGUCGUUCCCGCCUCGUUCGACAGAGUUUCACACGGUCGGCGCCUGGCUCCGGAUCCCGGAUGAUAUCGUCAGCAAAGCCUCGGAAACGGUGGAUCUGCGCGCGGGCGUGCACGCAGCUUCCCACGCCGUACUCAACGCCCUUCCCUUGCGCGUCCCAUGCGGAGAAAAUGACGUCGGUUGCGAGUGCUUCUCCGCCGACCUCCACGCCGAACGCGGUCGCCGAUACAAGCCGCUUCGAUUUCUCAUCUACGACCGCCAUCUUGGCGGCGUGGGCAUCACUCGUCGCGCCGCCGAACUCCUUCCAGAGCUCAUCGGGAUCGCUCGAGACCUCGUUCGAGCGUGUUCGUGCGCUCGCGCGGACGGAUGUCCAUCGUGCGUGCAGCGCCUCUCGUGCGACGCGCACAACGCGCACGUGAACAAACGCGCCGCCGAGUUCGUGCUCGACAACGUCAUCGCGGCGUUCGCACCCGAGCCCGACGAAAAAUCGACGCGUAGUAACAUGUAG